AUGUCGGUCAGAGAGGAAAGAGUUCCGAUUAAGAAGGAAGAGUCCAGUUAUAGUAUGGGAGCAGGUAUUCCAAAUGCAGGUCCAACCGAGCAGGUUCCCGGUUCUCAAGCGAAUGCUGCUGAAUCUAAUUUAGGUCGUGCUGAAAGUUCAUCGCUAUCUGAAUCACAAACACCUGCAAACAUGUAUAGUGGGGGUAUUGGUGCUGAAUAUCCAGCUACUGGUAAUGAUACACCUCAAGUUGGUCAAGUUCUACCUGAGCAACCUGAAUUGAAGAUCUUACGUAGGAAGAUUCCAGGAUUUGUUGGAUUUGCAAAUCUACCUAAACAGUGGCAUAGAAAAUCAAUUCGUCGUGGAUUUAAUUUUAAUUUGUUGGUAGUCAGUCAAAGGGGAUUAGGUAAAUCAACUUUGAUAAAUACUCUCUUCAACAAAGAUCUAGAUUCAAUUAGUGGGAAGAGUCCUGCUAAUAGUCAAGCAUUAGCUGAAAAAUUGGAAGGUGUCAAUUUAGAAGAUGGCGAACAUGGGGAAAAUGGUACUAAUGGUGGUAUUGGAAACAACGAAAGUAAUAAUAACGAUUCCAGUGGAUUACAUGCUUCUGUAAAGAUUAACGCUGCAACUACAACGAUAGAGGAAAAUGGUGUAAAUUUAAGAUUAACAGUUGUAGAUACACCUGGAUUUGGUGAUGCCAUCGAUAAUACUGAUUCUUGGAAACCAAUUGUCGAUGAAAUUAAUUUACGUUUUGACCAAUAUUUGGAUUCUGAAAAUAAAAUCAACAGAUCUUUUGAGGAUGAUAACAGAAUUCAUGCUUGUUUGUAUUUCAUUGAACCAACAGCUCAUUAUUUGAAACCAUUGGAUAUUGAAUUCUGCAAACAAGUUCAUGAAAAAUGUAAUCUAAUUCCAAUCAUUGCCAAAUCGGAUAUUCUCACCGAAGAAGAAAUUACCGUCUUUAAACGUAGGAUUAAAAAACAGUUAGACGAAGCUCACAUUCAAUUGUUCCAACCACCUCAAUAUGGAUUUGAUGAUGAAGAAGCCAUUCAAGCAUCCCAUGAAUUAUUUGAUAACAUGCCAUAUGCAGUUGUUGGUUCUACAGAUGUUGUUGUCUCUAAAGAUGGCCGUCAAGUAAGGGGCCGUUCCUACCCAUGGGGGGUUAUUGAAGUUGAUAAUUCUAAGCACUGUGACUUUGUCUAUUUACGUGAUUUGCUCAUCAGCCAAUAUUUGGAAGAAUUAAGGGAAAAAACUAGUAAAGUUCUUUACGAAAGGUACAGAUCUGAAAAAUUAUCGAAAUUGGGAAUUAAACAAGAUAAUUCAGUCUUUAGAGAAUUUGAUCCUGAUAUGAGACAAAAGGAAGAAAAACAACUACAUGAAGCUAAAUUGGCUAAGUUAGAAUCUGAAAUGAAAACGGUUUUCCAUCAAAAAGUGGCUGAAAAGGAAAAGAAAUUACAAAAAUCUGAAGCUGAAUUAUUCUCUAGGCACAAGGAGAUGAAGGAAAAAUUAUCUAAACAAUUGAAAGCUCUCGAAGAGAAAAAACGUCAACUGGAAUCAUCUGCUAACGCCCCUGCUCCACCAUCUCCUGCACAACCAAAGAAAAAGGGUUUCUUGCGCUGA